AUGGCGGACAGGCAGCUCCGGCUGGAGCGAGAGCUACAGAUCUUGGGCCAAUUAAGCGAGCAAGGGUGUGUCGCCGAGCAAGGUUCGAAGGAGUCCGCCCAAGUCCUUGGCGAACUUUGGGAUCAUGUCGAGGAUGAGUUGGUAUCUUGUUUUGCAGCGCAGGCUGAGACCCUGCCCCGCCUGUCAGUCGUCCCACCAGGGGAGGUGGUGCAGCUAGUUGAUGACACUGCUGAACUUGAGGAGGAAUUGCUGCGACUGCGUUCACAGCCUUUCUGGAAGCGAUCUCUCACUGUACCUCCGUUUCCUGCGGCUUUGAAACCUGUCAGUUCGGAAUCGAAUGCUCCUGCCUUUAAAAAGGCAUCGGUCGUGGAGGCAUGUGAAGCACAUGCUGCAGCUCCAGCUUGUAACCCAGUCACAUUCCCGAAUCCUGGACAAAGCCACGCUCGGAAUGAGUCCCGGGAGAGUGACAUCGGUGUUGAGGCUGCGGCUAGAGCUGGACACGUGAGUAGCUUUCGGAGCGCAGCGGACCUCUUUCCGGAGGUGGCCCACAAAAGUCAACCACAGCCUUGCACACUAAAAAAGCAGCAGGAGUUUGACGACGUCAGCCAGUCAAUCCUGAAACGAGAUUCCAAAUGCCGUGCUCCGAAGCGUCUUGCAGAUGGCAGUGACAAGCUUCAGCGUGAGUGGAGCGACGCCUGGCUGCGUAUCGCAGAUGCAGACCAGCUCGAAAGACUGGUGCCCGCAUUAGAGGCAACGAUCCACCGCACGGAUGCUGAUGCCGUGCAGAAGGAGGACAUUGCUGGAUUGAGCUUCGUCAAAGCACAGAUCGAGGAGGUCUUGAUACUGCCACGUUUGCAUCCCGAGCUCUUCCUGUCGGCAUUAACCAAACCAGCGCGCGGCUUGCUAUUGUUUGGACCACCUGGCACGGGCAAAACACUGCUUGCCAAGUGGAUAGCUGCAGAGUGUGGAGCAACGUUCUUCAACAUAAAUGCUUCAUCUGUCAUGUCCAAGUGGAUCGGAGAGGCAGAGAAGACGGUGAAGGCUCUGUUUCAGUUGGCCGCAGAUAGGCAGCCAUCCGUAAUAUUUUUGGAUGAAAUCGAUUCCUUACUAAGCCAGCGUCGUGACGCCGACAACGAGGCAUCGCGAAGGGUGAAGAAUGAGUUCCUAACUUCUUUGGAGGGUGCCGAGACGGCAGCUGACGAGAAGAUUCUCUGCGUUGGCGCAACGAACAUGCCUUGGGACUUGGAUCAUGCUGUUCUACGCAGGCUGCCGAAGCGCCUUUAUGUGCCCCUGCCUGGCAGAAGAGCCCGGAGAUCCCUCUUGGUGGCUCAGCUGGCAAAGCACAACUCUAAAGUCGGCCUUCAGGGAGACAUGAGUGCCUCCGACAUCGACUACGUUGUUGAGCACACCGAAGGAUUUUCCUGCUCGGACCUACAGCAGCUGCUGUGUGAAGCGGCUAUGGGUCCGGUGCGUGAGGUCGCUGCUGCGCGCCUCCGACACAGUGGGGACUCCACUGCGCACAGAGGACCGCGAGAUAUUGCAAGACACGAUUUCGAUUGUGCCCUGCGAAGAGUGAAGCCCACUCACAAUGCAGAGCAAGGGCGAAGACACCGGGCCUUCAAUGAUGAGCAUGGUACUUGCCGUGGCGAGGAUGCCAUGCAGGAUACUGAGGGAGAUGACUAG